AUGGAUAAGUCAUGGAUGCAUGCUGAUAGAAGGUCAAAGAAGUUUGAGCUAGGAGUAGCAGAGUUUCUCAAGUUGGCCGAGUCUAAUGCCAAUAACAAAAACAAGAUUUCUUGUCCUUGCUUGAAAUGUAGUAACACGAAGGGAUUUUCUGUUGGAGUUAUUAAGGAUCAUAUAUUUUGGAAUGGUAUUAAUGAGAGUUAUAAGCAUUGGAGGUGGCAUGGAGAACCUACUACAUCUGCUAUGAAUGACAAUAGAGUUGAAUCUGAAACUGUAGAUUGGGAACCUGGGAUAGGGGAGAAUGAUUGGGGCUUUGGAGAAAGUGAGGAUGAGCAGAUUUCCGAAGACUCUAAUGAGUUUUUGAAGUAUGUAGAGGAUGGGGAUCAACCUUUGUACCCAGGUUGUACGAAGACAACCAAGCUGAAUGGUCUGAUUCAGACCUUCAAUUUGAAAGCAAAGCAUGGAAUGACCGAUGCUUGCUAUUCAGAUAUGCUUAUCAUGAUUGGGGGUCUGCUUCCUGAAGGGAAUCAGGUUCCUUUGUCUUUGUAUGAAGCGAAAAAGACACUUAGUGCUUUAGGGAUGGAGUAUGAAAAAAUUCAUGCAUGUCCUAAUGACUGCAUCUUGUAUAGACAGCAGCAUGCAGAUGCUCUUAUCUGCCCCAACUGUGGUGUUUCAAGGUGGAAAUUGGGUAGGGAUAAAACUUUGAAAGAAGGGAUACCAGCAAAGGUUUUAUGGUACUUUCCACCAAUCCCAAGGUUCAAACGAAUGUAUCAAUCGACCAACACAGCUAAGAAUCUUACUUGGCAUGAGUAUGGUAGAAAGAAAGAUGGAAUGAUGCGACACCCAGCUGAUUCUCCUACUUGGGAAUUACUUGACAAACAAUAUCCAGAAUUCAGUAGCGACCCUAGAAACCUCAGACUAGCCCUAUCUUCUGAUGGAUUUAACCCGCAUAGUUCUCUAAGCAGCAAGUAUUCUUGUUGGCCAGUUAUACUGGUCACAUAUAACCUUCCUCCAUGGCUUUGUAUGAAGAGGAAGUUUAUGAUGUUGACAUUGUUAAUAUCGGGACCAAAGCAACCUGGUAACAAUAUCGACAUCUACUUGCAGCCAUUAAUAGAUGAUCUGAAAGUAUUGUGGGAUGGGGUUGAGGGAGUAUACGAUGCACUAAGAGGGGACUACUUCAAAUUGAAAGCGGUCCUGCUGUGGACUAUUAAUGACUUUCCCGCAUACGGGAACUUGUUCCUACCUAGACAUCAUCCGUAUAGGAAACAGGCUGUUGCUUUUGACAACACCGUAGAGGAGGACCUACCUCCUCUACCAUUAACCGGAGAGGAGGUGUUUGCUAGAGUAGAGGGUCUGAAUUGUGUGUGUGGGAAAAAGAAACGCUCUCCUCCUGCCAAGGGUGUUGAAGACCAAGGCAAACCUUGUUGGAAAAAGAAGUCUGUCUUCUUUGAACUAGAGUAUUGGAAAUAUAUUCCGGUACGACAUAAUCUCGAUGUCAUGCACAUCGAGAAGAAUUGUUGUGAUGCCAUCAUUGGUACGCUGCUGAACAUUCCCGGGAAGACAAAGGAUGGGGUUGCAGCGCGUUUGGACAUGGUGGAGAUGGGUAUUAGGUCUGGUUUGAACCCAGAAGUUGGUGCCAAAAGGAAUAAAUUACCUCUAGCUAGUUGGAACUUGAUGCUUGGUGAAAAAAAAAUAGUUUGUGGCUCUUUUUUUGAAAUGACGGUUCCUGUUAGGUUUUCGUCAAAUGUAAGGAAUCUUGUCUCUAUGGAGGAUUUAAAACUUGCUGGUCUGAAAUCGCAUGACUGUCACACUAUCAUGCAGAUUCUUCUUCCUGUUGCUUUACGUUCUGUUCUUGAGAAGCCGGUUAGGUAUGCGAUCAUCCGCUUCUGCCUUUUCUUCAAGGCAAUAUGUGCUAAAGUGAUCGAUGUUUCGAAGCUGGAAAAAAUGCAAGCAGACUUGGUUGUUACUGUUUGCUUAUUGGAGAAGUACUUCCCGCCUUCAUUUUUCGACAUUAUGAUCCAUCUAACUGUGCAUCUCGUAAGAGAAGUUCAGCUUUGUGGUCCAGUAUUUUUUCGGUGGAUGUACCCCUUCGAGAGGUACAUGAAAGUCUUUAAAGGAUGGGUUAGAUGUCGAACGCAUCCUGAGGGAUGCAUAGCAGAGUCAUAUAUUGUCGAAGAGGCUGUUGAGUUUUGCACUGAACGUAUGCUUACUGAUGCUUCUACUGCUGGAAUCCCUGAAAGUUCCAAACCACGAGCCCGUAAUGCAUCCAAACCGCUAUCAGGCGCUACCAUGAUUUCUGUCUAUGGCAAGGAGAUGCAUCAAGCACAUCUGUGUAUAUUGCAGAAUACCGAGGAUGCAAGUCCUUAUUUCAUUGAACAUCUGGAAUUGUUGAAGCUUCUCAAUCCAAGGUUUUCCAAAAAUGAAAAGUGGCUGAAGGAUAAACAAAACCAGACCUUUGCUGUCUGGUUAAAAGAGAGGGUUUCAAAUGAACUGCAGUUUCCGGACAAUAAUGUUUCGGAAACAAUGAGGUGGAUGUCAAGUGGACCGAAUCAUGUAGUGCCGACCUUUAGUGGAUACCAGGUUAAUGGUGUUGAUUUCAACACUAAGGAGCGGGACAAUGAUAAAAAUCCCAAAACUAAUGACAUGGACUUCUAUGGUGUCAUACAACAAAUAUGGGAGCUGGACUACUACAAGUUUAGGGUACCGUUGUUUAAAUGUGAUUGGGUUGAGAAUGUUAGGGGCAUUAAAGUAGAUGAACUAGGGUUCACAUUGGUAAAUCUGAAUAGGAAAGGUCAUCUUAAUGAUGCUUUUGUCUUAGCUAGCCAUGUUAAGCAAAUAUUUUACAUUGAGGAUCCCCUCGAUGCUCAAUGGUCAGUGGUAGUAAGGGUGCCAGAUAGAGACUAUCAAGGGGCUGAUUCGGAUGAGGAGUUAGAAGAUAUUGAAGUAGAACAACAGCCAUUUGAAGCAACAAUGCCAUCCAUCGAGACUUUUGAUAAUAUAGAUGGUGAUCAGCAUAGCAAUUAUAUGCGUCCUGGAGAUGAAGCAAUAUGGGUGCAAAAUGACUGCAAUGAACGUGGCUGA